UUGAAUAAACAUAAUGAAGAUUUCCAAACGCUUAAUUUGAGGGUUAGGGCAAAAAAGAAUUGUCGUCGUCGUCGCCGAUGUCCCUUGCAAAAGCCCAUACACAACAAACAACCUGCUCUGAUCUAAACAUCACAUACUCCACUUGCUUCCACCAAAACCUCUAAAUCCCUCUCUGUUCCUUCCAUCUUCAAAUCCGAAUCUGUGAUUCAUUACAUUAUCUCCAAAUUCCCACAUUUCUCUGAUUGUUUCUCGCCGGUGGCCAUUGUAUUCAACGCCAGCAGAUCAACUCUCUUCUCACACAUCAGGUUCUAGUUAAUGCAGGGUGAUGAUAUUCCAAUUUGGCAAUAACGGAAAUGCCUUAAUAGAUACCACCUGAGUCCUGAUUACAUACACCACAUUGCAAAGCUGCCUUCUUUUAUUUUAUUCUGAAAACGAAAGAAAGAAACCGCCUAAUAAAACAAAAAAAAUGUCGGGUUUCGUUUAUCACGCGUUCACAUCCUCAGCGUUGAUGUCAUUAGGACUAUACCACCUCAUCUGCACCACAAGGAACCAACUCAAGUCCCCUAGAGAUUACACCACAAAACCCUAUCAUCCAUUCUCAUAUAACCACCAUCAAUUUACCAAACACAUUCAACUCUACCUAAUCAUCAUAUGUCUCUUCAUUGCCUUCAUUCACCAAACCGUCAUCUCCUUUGACUCCGACCCUUUAGUCAAAGGCCGGUCCCCCGUUCACCACUUCACGUCCCUCCAAUCCGCAGGCGUCAUCUCUCUCUUCCUCAUCCUUUCCACUGCCUUACUCAUCUCUGAAACGACCAAUCUCCUCCCGUUUCCUCCAGACCUCUUCUUUGGAACUGCAUCCGCACUGUUCUUCCUUCAGUACUCUGUUUCGUCAUCAUCAGCUUCGUUACAAACGUCCGGCCUUGAAGCAAAAUGCGAUUCGGUUUCCUCCACCAUUUCCGCUUUAUCCGCCGUAUUAUGUAUCAUACUUGCGUGCCACCCGAAGCUGUUUGUAGCUGACGUCGGCCUCGGUGCGUCCAUCUGUCUUCAGGGCCUGUGGUCUCUUCAAACGGGCCUCUCUCUUUACGUUGACGCUUUUAUACCCGACGGUUGUCAUAAGCUUCUGGAUGUCGUUAACGGUGUUGAGGGUUCAACCAAGUGUGAUCUUGAAGAUUCGAAGUUGCGGGCCACUGCUAUUUUGGAUCUCAUGUUUGUGGUUCAUGUUCUGAUUGUGAUUCUCAUUCUGAUCGUGACGUAUUCGGUGACUGCUAAAGUUGUCGGGGUUAGGAGAUUUGGUACGUAUGAAGCUUUACCGACUUCAUCUGGUUCGGCUGCUGAUAAUAAUCAUAUUCAAAUGAAGGCGAUGUCGGGAACACAGGCUUGAUAUGAUGAUAGUAGUAGAAUCGUUAUGAUUGUUGUUGGUACAAGUGGGCAGUCUUAUUUUUUAAUGUUUUAGUGUAUACAAAGAUAUGAGUGAUAUUUUUGGGAUGUUUAAUGUUUACAUUUUAUUUACUUUAUGGGAUGUGCUGUUGUUCUU